CAGCAGUAAGACACACACACACACACACACACACACUGUGUUUAAUUUGCAAACGCUCUGGUCGGUCUGUGUGUGUGUGUGUGUGUUCAGGGGAUUUAUUACAGGACCAGCUCCUUAUUUACCGCCCUGUAGUUCAUGCUUGGUCCAGCCCCAGACCAGGAGACGGAAGGACCAUGUGGGAGUCAUAUGAACACCGACGACAAGGAAGAAACAAAUAGAGAGAGAGAGAGAGAGAGAGAGAGAGAGAGAGAGGAUAAGGAGACGUUUCAUUUUCCCCUGAAAUGAACACGACCACCGAGCCUCCACACCCGGCCGGAGGAGACGUGACCCUGACGUACGUUCUGCUCCCGUUCUUCAUCAUCACCUUCGCCGGGAUUAUUCUAGCAGCGGUGAUGUAUGUGAAGAGGAGGCAAAGGAUUGACAGGUUACGGCACCAGCUGCUCCCGGUUUAUACGUACGACCCGACUGAGGAGCUGAACGAAGCCGAGCAGGAGCUGUGGAGGGAAGACGACGCUAAGGGCUGGACGAUGUCAUACCAACAGCACUGGCCUCUUCUCCCCAAGGACCCGAACGUUUGACAGAAGAAGUGAGCGAUACUUUUACGGUUGACAUUCUGGACUUCACGUGUGAUUUAGAUGCAUGAUAUACGUCGCUCCGGUCUCAUCGUCGGGGAAGAGAGAAAAUUAUCCAGGGAGUGAGAGAUGAAAACAGAGGACAUGGCUUUUUCCGUGAUGCUGCGAUUCAUUUAUUAUGCAAAACACACACACACACAAUAAUGCUAAUGUAGGAAACCCAUAGGAAUCACCGGAAAUGUAUAGAAGUCUAUUUAUUUUUUAGUUUACUGUAGGAUCCCAGAAUUCCUCAAGGAGCUGCUUAGAAGCAAAAUUAGAAAUUACAGGAAGUCCAGUGAAUGAAACCAACCAUGAAGUUCAGGAAGACAAUCUCUGAUACCAUUUAAAAUCGUGAUGGUGACACAGCAGAAAUGUCAGAUUAGUUUACAUUUUUGAUUCGUUCGCGGUUUUUCCAAGGACACCAUCGUAGGUGUCCAUGGAAACCAGUUAGUAAAUUUACGCCGCACACAAACUGGCUGGAGUAACCGACACACUUAACUUCUUGUUAAGGCUAAAACUUUUCAUGUGAAAAAGAAAACAUCUCUUUGACCCCAAAUGAUGUUUAUGUAUCUAGACAAAUUCGGUGUCUAAAGCUAUUUUACAUUUCAUUAGCUAUGUUUCGUCAGAGGUUUUAAAUAUAACAGCCAAUCAGAUAGCGGUAUGCAAAUGAAGUAGCAGGCUAUGCAAAUUCCCAAAGGACAGAGAAAGGGGUGUGGUUAGGGUGGGGCUAAUCUGUAUAUUUAUAGAGUUUUCUUGGUUUCAUGAUGGAGUUUGUGCUUCACAAACUGGUUAUUAAACAUCGAACAACGUACUAUUCAGUCGAUUUGUGAUUUAUCAACAUCUGGGUGAGAAAAGAUGAUGUGUGAUACAGCAGAAAUGAUACAGAAAGACACCACUGUAGGUAACCAUGGAAACCAGUUGCGGAUUUGCCAUUUCAAACAUCAUUUAAACGAUAUACAUGAUAUACAACAAUAUUAAUCAUCACUAUUAUUAAUAUUUUAGCUCUUACAGUUAAAGGAGUAGUGAAAAUCAGGGCUGCAGCUUCAGACACUCACACUUCCUUCAUGCUUGGACACUGAAACAACAAACCUGCUGGUGUUCAUCAUCAUCGAGGGAUUUCUUUUUGAGCUCUGUUGAUGUUGGAUGCGAAUAUCUGUGUGUGUCUGUGUGUGUGUGUGUGUGUGUGUGUGUGUGUGUGGGUGGGUGGGUGUGUGUGUGGGUGUAAUUUGCUGUUUUAUUCAGGUCAGUCAUCCUCACACUCUAUACAAAUCAGGUUGAUGUGUUUUGUAUCCAAAUUGCUGUCAUUGUAUGUCGUUUGGUCAUUAGUGCAAAACACAACAACCUAGGGUCACGUCAUGAGUGCUAGGGUCACGUCAUGAGUGCUAGGGUCAUGUGAAGAAAUCUCACCUGGUAUCUUACCUGGUAUGUUUUUCCUCUCUUAGAAACCAGCUCAUGUAGAAAGAUCAGAUACAGAGACUUUAUCUGUGAUUAACUGACUUUCUGAGAACGCGCAAACUUCUGGUCUAGAGUUAGAAGUGUGUGUGUGUGUGUGUGUGUGUGUGUGUACAAAACACACACCUGCCACAUUUCAGACUUCUCGCUUCUGCUUUUCCAGUCAUGGCAGGCUGCCUGAAAUGAAAUCCACACUGUUGUGGGAUAAACAGCUUUUUAAAGCCGGCUGCCAUGCCCCGUUGCGCCCCUUCGACCUAUCAGAGGUGGCUAGUAGAGUAAACUCCGCCCCUUUAACUUUAGGAAAUACAGGUACUAAGGUCAGCCUCAGGAAAUGAGCAUGUGCUGUAAAAUGUACCGAAGACUUACAUCAAGUGUCAUAAUAUUACAGUUUUAUUAAAUGUAAUAAAAGUUAUCCAG